CGCUCCAUCACCUCCAUCACUAUAUAUGUCGAUGCAUCACCUUUGUAGUUUAUCUCGGAGCACGUGACGAACUCUCUCCUCCAACAUGGACUUGACUGCUAUGAACAAGAGAAGGAUUCGUGAAUUAGCAAAAACAAUCACUGAAAAGGAUAAACACUUCAAGAAGAAGGAGACGGAGAGCCUGAUCCUGGAGUUUUAUGAGCUUCUAGGGCAGAAGGUUAAGCCGGGCACAGAGGAACACGGAGUGGACCGAUUGAAGUUCAAAGUCUACCUCCACGACAUGUUUAGGUUGUCCAAGGAGAAGAUGACAGAUGGAAUUUUCAGGGUUUUUGACAAAGACAGAGACGGCUUCCUCAGUUUGGAAGAGUGGCUGAAGGGAAUGACAGUGUUUCUUCGUGGGACCUUGGAAGAAAAAAUAAAGUAUGCAUUUUCUGUGUACGAUCUGAACGAGGAUGGGGAAAUGAGCAGAGAGGAAAUGUUCUACUUCCUGAAGGACACCCUCCCUGGACUGCCCCCAGAGGAGAACCUUGAGGAAGCAGUAAAAUUUCUCGUGGAGAUCCCGAUGAAGAGGAUGGACACUAAUAAAGAUGGACUCGUGUCUUUGGAGGAGUUUGAAGCAGCCGUAAAAAAGGAGAAUUUGCUGCUUGAGGCCUUUGGACCCUGCCUUCCAGACACCAUGACAACCAGGAAGUUCCAACAGCGGGUUUUUCAGAAGCGCCUGGAAUAACCUUCGUUCCUACACGAAUUUAACCUUCUGAUCUUAUGAUCAGAAGACAUUCAUUUAGUCAUUUAUUUAGUCUGGCUUGCCAGGCUAAGCUGUACCACCUUGAGUCACGUAAAACUGCGACUCAACUAAUACACGUGACAGCCCCAUCUAGUGGACAACUUUUGUUUCUGCGCAUAGCCGCAUACCUGUAGUUAUCGUCCAUUUAUCGUUAUCAAGGUGAAAUCCUCAAUAUAUCGUGAUAUUAAUUUUAGGCCACAUCGCCCAGCCCUAGUAGCAACCUAAUUUUCAUUUCUAGUUUUUAAAAUGUUCAUCUUUAGUUUUUUGUUUUAAUAAAUUUGUUAAUGUUGUUUUACCUUAA